AUGAGGGAGUUGGGAAGUUUAGAUGGGGAGCGGAGCCGAAGCUUCCUCGGCGGCUGUGCUCCUCCCAGCGCGGCCAUCCCUGCGCACACGGCAGCUCUUCGGGUAAUCAAACGGCUAUUAAAACCUAAUUUAUGUUCCGUAAUAAUAUUACGUAAAAGAAUAUUUAUUAAAAUCAUUGGCAUAUGCCGCCUGCCCCUUGGAGACAUCUGUGGGAAAUGCAGCUGCGAGGAUCCCUCCUUGUCCUGCCGGCCUCCCUGCAGCCGAAAAACCAAAUGGGGUGUCCAGCUUCAUAGCCAGUCCCUGCCAGCUACAGUCUGCCCAAAUUCCCUCCAGGGCCCGGAGGCGUACGGGAAGCCCUGCCUAAGGGUGACCAAACCAGCUCUUCUGUCUUCCGCCCCGGUGGGCUACCUCUGGCCGGAGAGAAGAGCUACGGGGCUCAGCUCCCCUUCUCCCUUCCCUCGGAGCCGUUCUCGUUUCAGCAGAGCCCAGAGGCGAUCCCCUACUCGACCCCUGAUAGCGGGAGUACGCGGGGCAAGCGGCAUCCCCGGCCAAAGGGCAGGUCGCGUCUCUCGGGCAGGGAUGCCUCUCCUCGGCAGGCCCAGGAAUGGGACCGCGGUGGCUGUGGCCGUGGCCACGGCUGGGGAAGGAGCUGCAUAUUACCAGUAGAGCAAGCAAGAACUAUUGUCCCACUCUGCAGGGCACGGUGCCCCCCUCUGUCCCAAAGUGCAAGUCUUUCCCAGUGCACUGGGUUUUCUCUUUUUUAUUAUUUCCUUGCUUUUCUUUUUCUUUCUUUCUUUCUUUUUUUUUUUUUAAUUUUCUGGAGGGUUUCUCUGCCUUUAAUACUUGUGAGGAAAAGAAAAGAAAAGAAAAGAAAAGAAAAGAAAAGAAAAGAAAAGAAAAGAAAAGAAAAGAAAAGAAAAGAAAAGAAAAGAAAAGAAAAGAAAAGAAAAGAAAAGAAAAGAAAAGAAAAGAAAAGAAAAGAAAAGAAAAGAAAAGAAAAGAAAAGAAAAGAAAAGAAAAGAAAAGAAAAGAAAGAAAACCUUCACUAGAGUUUUCAUUCCUUUAAUAAUACUUCGAAGGGGCUGCCUAACUGCUGUCCCGAGAAGAGGAAGCGCGGCACCAAACGGACCACCGAUCCCACUUCCUCGCAGGGCAGGAAACACGGGCAGGUUCUCCCCUGUCCCUCGCCCGUGGUCCCAAGCCCUUGUCAAUGAUGAGCACGGGGGAACUGACAGGGACGAGCGGUGGGACCCGGAGCUGAGCGAGGAGUCCUCCAGUGGCCCCCACGCCGCUCCGCGGCCCCACACGCGGGAACAGCUGUUCUGUCCCGAAGGGGGAAGGACGCUCUUUUGGUGUUAAAAAGGAAAUAAUCGGCAACUGAA